AUGGCCCCUAAUGAUCGUGUUUGCAGCAAUUUAUUGGGUGGCCAUGGUCUCCUCGUCCUCGCACUCGCAUUCGCACUCGUCGUUGCCAUUGUCGUUGGUCGCUGCUGCACUGGUGCAUCCCUUCCAAUGGAAGCAGCAACAGGCCUUCCAUUUCCUGGCCCUCUGGUAGAUGGUGAAGGCACCAUUCAGUUCUUUGAUAUUGACAGUCCUCGAAUGACCAAAACGGAGCUCGUUGGCUUAUGUCGUGGAUUUGGGCUGCCGAAGGGUGGGAAAAAGGAUGAACUGAAGGCUCGACUUCGAGCCUUUAGUGAAAACCGGGAGGAAUGGAUAAAACUGCAGCUCCCAGCACGGCGCAUGCAUCGCGGUCCCAAAGAGGGGAAAAUCGCAAAAGCAAAAUCAGUAAAACAAUCGGCUCGCCGUGCAGGCGCGGUUUUUGCAUCAACAGCCCCACCACUUCCACACCGACCUCUUCCUAUUCCGUCGCAGAUCGCAACAGUGCCAGCUACGCCCGGUCAAUGUGAAGACAUUUUGGAAUGGGCGCGAAAAACAUCACUUUCGCAUCCGUAUGUCAGCCGAGAGCAGCGAGAGGAGUUUGUGGCAUGUAAGCUGAGUGAGAUUCGGCAUAGUCGUGAGAUCUCUUCUGUACAAACUCAGGACAUUGCAGCGGCUGUACCGCUUGUCCUCUCACUUAUGGCUCAAGCCCAGAGUGCUGCUGCACCCGUUUCUCUACCUGCUGCUGCACCCGUUUCUCUACCUGCUGCACCUGUUUCUCUAUUACCUGCACCCGCUCCGAGUCCUUGUUUGUCUGUGCCCGGCUCAUCAUCUACUGAGCCUGUUUCUCCAUCAUGGUCAAAUUUUCCCACACGUACCCUCACACUUGGUACCGGAGUUGAGCUUUACCUAAAUCGGAUGUGGGAUGAUACAUCUCCGUUUUGGGACAACAAUUCGGCACUAGUCAUCAAGGGCCACCCAAUCCCUAUUGUAUAUUGGAAGCAGGUAUAUGCUCGCUCAAAAACUGGCUCUUGGAUGCCUGGGCAGUGGAAGCUUAUCAAAGGACACUGGUGUCAAUGGAAGGCAAUUGUGUAUCGAUGGCGCCAAACAACUGAAGAUCAGUUCUGGCAAGAGUUUUCCGAUUCGACCGGCGAACGGCUUUCUUACAGAGCUAUUGUGGAUAAGUUGACUAUGGUAAAAAAAGAAAUGGAUGCGAAAAUUGCUGGCUUAGCGCGACAGGAGUUUGGUGAUCGUUUUAACUCAGUUUUUACUUACAAAAAGUGUGGUAAGCAGUAUGUAAUGAGGAGUGACCAUUCUAUUGCUAGUAGGUAUAUAGAAGAGAUCACCGCUCAGGGAAGAUCUCUUGAUUUUGCAAUUAGUGUAGAUAAUGAUUGUAGUGAUAUGGAUUUAGAUGAUGACUAG